CACAGUCCGUGUCUUAUAUGUCAAUGCGUGUGGCCGAAAGGGCCACCACGCGCUCGCUUCUAUCGCCGAACGACGAUAGAAUUUGAAUAUAUAUUAAAUUUCAAGCGGCUCACGCUCCUCUCGUUCGGCUAUAAAAAUCGAACGAGAUUCUCUGAAUCCAACACAAAUCUAGCGAGCCUUUGAGUCUCUGAGGGGUAGGAUAACUAGAGAAGGGCAGAUUUGAGAGAUAGCCUACACAUUGAGAAGGUCUUCCUAAAAAAUCCAGCGGAGACUAUUUAAGGUGUGAUUUUUUUCUUCUAUCUUAUUUGUUUAAUUUUGUUAAUAAGUAGCUUAAAAAAAUUGUUUAGAAAUUGCCCAAAAAAAGAUCAUGCUAAAAUUUUUUAUUUUGGCUUAAUUUUUUGAUAUGUUGUAGAUUGAUGGUAGGAAUGGAGCCAUCAAGAAAAAUCAAUCCCACAAAGCGUGAUAUUGGCUUGUCUUAUGGGCAAAGAGUCGGGCAGCGGCACCAGUUUCAGUGCAACUAUUGCGUCAAGGUCUUCAAGGGAGGUGGAGUAACCAAGUUGAAUCCACACUUAGCCAAAAAUUUUGGUAAGGUUGCUACGUGCCCGAAUUGCCCAAGCGAGAUCCGUGUGCUUUUGAGGUAGAAUCUCGCUGUGGUCAAAAAAGCAAAGAAGGGGGUUUCCAAGAAGAAGGCGGAGGUGGAACUCCGAGCGGCAGAGCCCCCUUACUAUCACUCUAGGGAGCCACAUGAGAUUGAGGAUCUAGAUGAGGAGGAGGCAGAGAUUCAGGCUGCCAUGCAGGCAAGCCUGGAUGAUUAGUGGUAGCAGGAGGAGGUGGCCAGACAUAUGGCUCGAUUUGGGCCCUCUUCCUACGAGUCGGGCGGUGGUUCUGGAAGCACUAGGCAAGAUCCAGAGUUCUUAAGGAUAACCUCAGUCAGGAAGGGCGUCGGCAGAGAACGUGGCCCGAUUGCAGCUAUGCUGGGUAGUUUUGGUAGCCGAAAAAAGUUAUCUAAAGAGAUUCCACCAGGAGCGACAAUCUAUGAUGUAGAUUCGCAUGUUCUUCCCAACAGAGAUUCAAAGCAGCAUUGGAUAGACUCAAUGUGGAUGAAGAAAAAGAAGAAAAUUGUGGCGAGCUAUUGCAUCCUGGCUCCACUUCAGCCACAUUCCAGCGAAUGUGGCAGGCAAUACGUACUACAGGUCUGCCAUUUUCGCCAUACAAGCUGCCGAUCUUGAUAUAGUUCUUUCAGACCUGAAGAACAUGUAUGGUGAGCUUCUUGACAAUAAUGAGGAGCUUAAGAAAUGGAUUGACUCCUACAAGAGCAAGUGGCCCAUAUAUGGACUAACUAUCAUGUGCGAUAGUUGGACCGGUCCGACCAGGUGGAGCAUCAACUUUCUGACAUAUUGUGAUGCGAAGACCUUCCACAAGUCGGUUAAUGCUUCGGCUCGGGUGCACGACGCCUCGUACAUCCUGAAACUUAUGGAGGAUGUGAUUGAUCUGGUAGGAGAGAAGAAUGUCGUGCAGGUCGUCACUUAUAAGGGGCCGCAAUAUAAAGCCGCCGACAAGAUCUUGAUGGAGCAGCCACAGUUUUUGAACGUUAUGUGCUGCACAUUGUAUCGAUCUCAUGUUGAUGUUUAUUGAAAAAAUCUGUAGGGUGCAGCAGACGAUGGAGACAACCCAACGCAUCAUCAGGUAUAUUUAUAACCAUACCUGAGUCUUUUCACUGAUGAAAAAGUAUGUAGGAGGAGAGAUUCUGAGUCCAGGAGUCACAUAGUUUGCUACCAAUUUUCUUGCACUUGAUAGCAUUCUCGAGAAGAAAUAAGUCCUACGUCAGAUGUUUGUCAGUCCGGAGUGGUAUGAUAGUAAAUAUUUUUAUGCUGGCAUCAAAGGGAGCAAGAUAGAAUACUUGGUGACGAGACAGUCAUUCUGGUAGCGGGCCACUGUAAUAAUCAAUGCUAUCAAACUAUUAUAUGAAGUGCUACGGACCAUGGAUAGCAAAAUCUACCCCUAGAUGGGAUUUCUAUAUCACCUGAUGGCCAAGGUAAAGGCUCAGAUUAUAAAGGCAAAUUCAGCCCAUGGCCAGUCGUACAUCAAUAUCAUUGAGCGACGGUGGAGAGCAAAUGGGUAGAGAAUCACAUCUACUAGCAUACUGCGUAAACCCCCGGUUCCAGUACAACGUAGAUGGAAUUGGUAUGGAUGACGCACUUCUGGAGGCUUUGCGUAAUGUUAUUUACAAGAUAGAGCAUGAUCCAGAAGCCACGGCCCUAUGUCUUGAAGAGAGCAAAAUAUUUAGAGAAGGCAACAACAGUUUUGGACAAGCGGCGGUCGUCAGCAAGCAGACUAUGAAUUCAGCUGAAUGGUGGGUGUAUUUUGGAGGGUCUGCGAGAAAUUUAAAGCGGAUAGCUAUCCGGAUCCUCUCCCAAACUGUCUUCUCUAGUAGCUGUGAGCGCAACUGGUGGUCUUUCACCCUCAUUCACAACAAACAGAGGAACCGUUUGAUAUAAAAGUGCCUCAACAACUUUGUUUAUAUGCACUACAAUCUGCAGUUGAGGCUAAAGAGCAUUCAGAAGGAAGUGGAGCUCAAGGAUGUAGAUCCGAUUUAUGGGACCUUCACCGAUGAUGACGAUGAUCCACUGCUCAGCUGGCUUGUGGUCCAGUAGUAGGAGCCCGAGCUUGACGAGCCAGGAUCGCUUCCACGACCAGCUAGCUUCAUAGCCACCGAGGCUAAGGUCGAUCCAGAGCAAUGGGUUGAGCGCAAUAUUCCACGCACUCCCAAAGCUAAUCAGCCGCAUGCAUAAGGGAGCCAGUCACCACAUGAUUGGUACGAGACACCCUCUCAGAGAGCAGAUCGAGAAACGCUCAACAGGGGAGGGCGACAUAGCCAGGCAGAGAGGGGCAGGAAAAAAAACAAAGGUCCCAAUGGAGAGUGUCGAGGAGGAGACUUGGACCAACAACAAUGAAGGUUCUGGUGGUGAUGGAUCUUCUAGCCAUGGAGGAAGCAGAGGACAGUAUAGUACUUAUGACACAGCCGGAGGGUAGUCUUCGAUUCACUAGUGAGUUCCAAUUUAUGCAUGCUACACAGGAUACGGACCACGAUCGACCAUCUGAUAGAAUCUGUGAGGAUAUCAUUGGAUAUAGAAAACAAGCUCCUUGAGUUGUUCAGGAAGACAAGAUGCAGCUGCAGAUUAGCUUGCAUACGGAUACAGAUCCUAUUAUACACAGCCUCAGGCUUACAAAUAUGGAUAUGGUGCGUUCAGGAAGACAGUUCUUAUAACCUGGCGCGCGUUUCUUCUGGUUGGCUUGAUCUGCCUCCUCCUGACUAUAUUUAUGAUUCGGAUGUUUAUGAGAGCCAUCGACACUCGUCUCGAUUUUAGAUAUCCGAGAGUGCUUUAAAUAUAUGUAAAUGAUUGUAUCUUAAUUUGAAGAUAUUUUAUGUAUAUUAUUUUAUCAUUUGUAUCAUUUGAAACGGGAGGAAGUAAUAAGAUGCAUCAUCUAUCCUCAACCCUAAACCUAGACAUAGAAACAUCAAAAACUGUGAAAAAAGCAAUAAAAAAACAUCAAACUUCACUUAAUUUCACAAAAUAAGAUCCAAUAAAGACAAAACUUAAAAAAAAAAGCACCGGAACUCAAAACCCGACCAUUCAACCGAUACCAUUGCGGACCAGUACCGUACCGUUCCGGGCCGCCACCGGUACACUGACCGGUAUCAGUACGGCGGACCUUGGUUUAGAUGAUGUAAUUGUUGAAUUUGGCUGGCUCUUCUGCCAAACAUCUUAAUUAUCUUGCCACAUCACAAGAACAGAAAUAGAAAAUAAUUGCUGAUACAAUUCAAUUUGUUCUUUGUAGUGUGACUAUGUAUGGAUCAUUCUUGUGACUAGUAUCCUUAGGUCUGUGGAAGUAGCAAGCAGCUAACUCAUUUGCAUGCUGUGCUUUUACCCAGUUGACUUUAUGAUAAAUUUUUAUGCUAAUGUAUCUAAAUUUUGAUGUUGCAGAAGAGUUUUAAGCAAACAGAUAUGUAUAGAUGAUUUUAAAUUUGAGUUUUGUCAUUAAUGUUUUGCCUUCACUUUUACAGUACAUUUUAAAUUCCUUGUUAUGAUCUUUUUGUAUUCCACAAGUUUUUUUGUCAAUGGAUCUUUUAUAGUUUGAUGGUUACUGUUUGUGGUCUUGU